AGAGAGAUUUGAUCUGUUAUUCUCUUAUUUCACCACAAAAUUCACUCAUAUUAAUGCAUUUAUGACAGAGCAUUUUCACAAAGGUUUGCCUACUCGAGACUGUGACUUUCUGUAUGAGACUGGUUGGACUUGUUUAUUAUAUGACUGACACACCUGUUUGCACACGUUUCAUAAACACAACCAGGAAAUACUUGAAGUCAGAGACACUGAAACUGUUGCGCUGUUGUGUGUUUAGUUUUAUUGUUUGUAAGUAAAUUCAGUGAAAUGGCAGAAGGGACUAAAGGGAAGACUAAACGAAAAGCUGCUUGUCUUAAUCACUGUUAUGCUGAAGCUGGAGAUGUGAAGUGUGACGUCUGUACUGAGAGAAAACACAAAGCUGUCAAGUCCUGUCUGGUGUGUCUGAACUCUUACUGCCAAACUCAUCUUGAACGUCAUGAAGAACAUGAUACUAUACCAGCUCAAGAAGAGAGGACUGAGAAACAGAAAGAAGUGCAGGAGACGCAGAGAAAAUAUCAUCAGAGAAUCCAGGAGAGUCAGAAGAAGCUUCAGGAGCUGAGAGAUGUUGUGGAGACUCAUAAGCGCUCUGCACAGACAGCAGUGGACGACACUGAGAGGAUCUUUACUCAACUGAUCACAUCCAUUGAGAGAAGACGAUCUGAGGUGACACAGCUGAUCAGAGAUCAGGAAAAGACUGCAGUGAGUGAAGCUGAAGGACUCUUGAAGCGACUGGAGCAGGAGAUUGAUGAUCUGAGGAGGAGAGACGCUGAGCUGGAGCAGCUUUCACACACAGAUGAUCACAUCCAUUUCCUCCAGAGUUUCCAGUCUCUCUCUGUUCCUCCUGGAUCUACAGACUCACUCAGCAUCACUGUCAGCUCUCUCAUCUCUUUUGAUGAUGUAGGAAAAUCUGUGUCUCAUCUGAGAGAGAAACUGGAGGAUUUCUGUAGAGAAGAGAUAGAGAAGAUAUUUGAUAAAAGUAAAGCACCUGAACCUGAGACCAGGGAGCAGUUCCUAAAAUAUUAUCAUCACUUCACUGCAGAUCCAAACACAGCAAAUCUAAGUCUCCGUCUGUCUGAGGGGAACAGAGUGAUUAAUUACACUAACACAGAGCAGCAGUAUCCUGAUCAUCCAGACAGAUUUAAUGGUCAUUUUCAGGUGUUGUGUAGUGAGAGUUUGAGUGGACGCUGUUACUGGGAGAUUGAGUGGAGUGGUGAUAAUGUGGAUAUAUCAGUGUCAUAUAAGAGCAUCAGCAGGAAGGGAGUAGGUGAUGAGUGUUUGUUUGGAUAUAAUGAUCAGUCCUGGAGUUUGUGCUGCUCUGUCUCCAGUUCUUCAUUCUUUCACAAUAAGAUUGAGACUAAACUCCCUGUAGUGUCCAGUUCUUCUAGAAUAGGAGUUUAUGUGGAUCACAGUUCAGGAUCUCUGUCCUUCUACAGCGUCUCUGACACAAUGACCCUCAUCCACAGAGUCAACACCACAUUCACUAAACCUCUCUAUCCUGGGUUUUGGGUUUAUUCUGGAUCAGUGAAACUGUGUGAUAUAACAAUAUAGAUGAUACAGAAAGUCUACAAAUAAUUUUGUCAUAUUAGAAGUCUGAACAUGAUGAAUCAACAACAAAGAAAUAAUAAAUCUUUCAUUUACUAAUUAGUAAUUUUAAAUAACUGAUUGUAAUGUUAUAUUUUAAUAAUUGUAUUUUGUCUUGUCAAUCAGAGGUAGCUGUACAGUAGUUAUUCACGGUUAAUAUUAUUCAUCUACAGCUGUCAGCCGUGUAUUCUUUUUGUGUACAAAUCGCUAUAAAUAAAAUGUUAUA